UAUUAAUAAAAAUGGGAAAUAAAGAAAUAGUUCCGGCAACACAUCAAGAGAUUGAUGAAUAUUUCAAAACAGAAGCAUUUACCAUUAGUAAAAGUUGCAAUGUAGACAAACUCCAAACCAAUAUAUCUGAUCUUGCAAUGUAUGUGGGAGGGCAGAAGCUCCUUGAAGAACUUUGGAGUAGUAAGAAGGCAACAUUCGGAGAUAUAUUAAAUAAAUAAAGAGUUUUGUAGAAGAGGAGUUCCAGACUCCAUAAGAAGAAAAUUAUUCUUGAUGCAUUUCGACCUUGAACCUUUGAAAUGACAGGUAGCUUAUAAAGCAGCUUAUGAUGGAACAAAUGAAGAAGAAAUAGAAAUCCUGCAAGAAGAUAAGCCUUCUCAACCUUUUCUAGUGAAUCAUUGUCUGAAUGAAGCUGGAGAAAGAAAUCUUGAAAUUAUUGUCCAUCUUCUACACAAGCAAAAGUUUAUCGAGUACUCUCCAAUUCUAAUAAAUACCAUCUCGAUCCUUUUAAUAUAUUUACCAGUUGAAGAAGCUUAUUGAGUUGUCCAGAAAAUGAUGGAAGAGUCUUCCAAAUUAAUUGGAAAAUCUAAAUCUAAAAAGAUGAUGAGAUGGUACUUUUCGUUUACCAAAACUGACUAUUUCCACACACUAAGUGCUUUCAUUAUGAGCUAUAUUGCUACAACAAAAUUUAAGAAACGGUCAAUAUUAAUCCACCUCCAAUCAAUAGGAUAUGACUUAAAUGAACUUCUUGAUGAGAUGUUCAAAUACUUCUUCCAAAGUUAUCUCAAGAUAGACUACGUCAUCGAUAUCUUUACCUUCUAUUACCUUGAGGGUAUUAAAGUCUUGUUUAGAUUUGCAUACGCCACUUUAAAAGUUCAUAAAUAAGAGAAUCAAGGAUAUAGUGGACCCUACAAAGUUUAAAGAUCAAUUCUUAAAGUUUGCCAAAGAUAAAACAGAAUGGGAUUAUCUUCAUGAGAGAGCCUUUAAAUAUAAACUGACGCAUAACCAUUACGAUAUCACUAAGACUGAUGAGGUAAUUCUUCAAGAAGAAAGAGAAGAGUAUAAAAUAGUUAGUGACUUCCUCCCUAAUGUAAAAGAAUGACCGAGUGAGAUUCUUAGCUUGAAACAAUUUUACAGGCUAUGGAUGAUGCUUCCCGAAUACUGACAGAUUAGGGUCCCUGAUCAAAUUUACUCUGGAAAUAAUGAUGGAUUCAGUUUAUCUACUCUCUAUGCGAAAUGAAAUGCUUACCAUAAAGCUAUGUCAGUCAAAUUCGUAUUCCUUAUCAUCAAGACUGUUGAAGGAGACAUCUUCGGAGGAUUCAUCGAUAACGUUAUCUACAAGAGUGUUACAAAGUUUUAUGGAUCUUCAGAAUGCUUUUUAUUUUCAUUUAAUGAAGAUAAAAGCUCUAAAAUCAAGAAAGCCACUUCAGAUCCUGAAGAAAGUAAGGACAGCAAAGACAGCAAGGAAGAAGAAGAGAAAUUAGAGCAAAUAUGAGUAGGAGGCAUGGACUACUUUGCUAUGGGAAGUGGAGGAGAUGGCCCAGCAAUUUAUUUGAAUGAAUCACUACAAGAAGGCCAAACAAAUUGCUCAGAUACUUUUGGGAACGAACGACUCACUUCAAAUAAAAGUCAUAAGUUCUGAGUACAAAAUAUAGAAGUGAUUUUGAUUUAA